UUGAUUUUUCGUGUGUUUUUUUUUUUUUACUCUGGUUGCUUAUUUAUACCACCAGAUCCACCUGCAGCUCAUUUAUUCCUUCACUUUCAGUCUUAUUUAGAAGGUUUUUAAAGUUUUACUGCAGGGAUUUUAAGUUGAAGUCAUGACGAUGCCGGUUCUGCUCCACGCAGCCUUCGGGCUCCUCCGGCAGCUGGAGCCACUCAUUGUUCUCGAGCAGCUGGGCAGCAGCCUGUUCGACACCGCGCUGCUGAUGGUGGUCAAAGACCGGUGCUCCAACGUUACCGAGCCCGGUAAGUCCCGGGAGGAGAGCCAGCAGAAAGCCUUCACCGACUUCUACAUGACCUACAACCUCAUCAUCAGACUCGUCCCGAUCCUCCCGGCGCUGCUGCUGGCCAGACUCAGCGACCGCGGCUGGAGGAAAGCCCCGGUGGUGGUGUCCCUCUGCGGGUACCUGCUGUCCAGAGUCGCCCUCCUCCUGGUGGUCCUGUUCCGGCUGCCGCUGGAGGUGAUGUUCGGGGCGGCGGUGCUGUUCGGGCUCUCCGGGGGGUUCGGAGCCUUCUGGCCCGGCGUGAUGACCCUGGUGUCCCUGCGCUCCACAGCGAAAGACCGCUCCAAGGUGAUGAUGAGGGUGGAGCUGCUGUACGGGGCAGCAGGUCUGGUGGGCAGCCUGGUUUCUGGUCACCUCUUCCUGCUCUACAGCUCCAGUCUGGGGAACGGAACCAUCCUGCUGUCUGUGGGAACCGUAGUCAACCUGCUCAGCCUCCUGCACUCCAUCUUCCUGCUGCAGGUGAAACAAGUACGCAGUGAAGAGCCAGAAGGGAACUCCCACCUCCUCACUUCCUCCUCUGACAGCUCCUCUGUGGUCGAGCCUCCUCCUAAGAUCAACAAGGUGAACGUGGUUCUGCUGUUCGUCGCUGCCUUCCUGUACGACUUUGCAGUUGGUGGAGCCGUAGAAAUCCUCGGUGCCUUCGUAUUGAAAGCGCCGCUCAGCUGGACCGCCACUCAGGUGGGUUAUGGGAACGCAGCAGGCUGUGGGAUUUUCCUCACCAGUUUCCUCGGCGUCAUCGUGUUUCGUCGCUGCGUCAGUGACGUCACGCUGAUCCUCAUCGGUAUGGUGUCGUUCGCCUCGGGGAUUUACUUCAUGUCCUUCGUCACGACGACCGUCAUGUUCUACCUCGCUCGUUCACUCAACCUGUUUGCUCUCAUCCCGAUGCCAACGAUCAGAUCUCUGCUUUCACAGCAGGUCCCGGCUUCUUUAUGUGGCACUGCUCUCACCUGCCUGCAGUUGACUCUGAAGUUUGCCGGUCUGGCCUACAUCCCUGCUUUUACUAAGAUCUACCAGAGAACCCUGGAAUGGUUCCCAGGCUUCGUCUUCAUACUCGCUAGCAUCUUCACAGUCCUGGGAAUGAUUCCAGUCAGUAUCAUCGGCUGCAGAUUAGCUCGGAGGCGACAGUACGAGAGGAUAGAGGAAGACUGAAGCAGCGACGUCAUCACCAGCAGCGAGUUAAAGUUGGCAGACGGGAACUGAGACUGGAAAUGGGCAAAAGUGAGCAGAGACUUUAAUGCCACUUCUGCAUUGUUGAAGCUACAGCAGCUGAAAGGGAUUUCCUACAAGCCUUUUCAGUGUUUAAUAAUAGCUUCAAAAACCCUCCUGUGUGGACAGAUGAUGUGUUCUACAUGGGAACUGUGUGGAAACACCUCAGACUCGUCUGGCAAGAAGUUCACAAUAGUUGAACUUAAGUUUGUGCUGAAGUCAUCACCAGCAGUGAUUUCAACAUAAUGUGGAUUUUUCAGUGAAUGCGUCAAAAACAUUCUGGGGGAGAGUGAACCAAAAUAUUUAUGUUUUUUUAAAUUGUAACUGAUUUGAUACAUCAUUUUAUCUGGUUCAUGACAGCAAACUCAGUACUUAGAUUGUUUUUUCAUAUUUAAUACACAAACUCUGGUGCUUAGUUAUGAAGUUUGAAUUUUUGAACAUGAAGACUACUAGAGGAAUAUAAAGUUGGAGCAGCUUGUUUAUUAGAAGAUCUGCUGAUAUGUGGAACCUAAACCUUAAAAAAAUACAUGAUGCAGUGUUUUAUUUUGA